UUUCGGGCAAGAGCAACAAGAACAAACAGCAAACGGAGAGGCGAGACAUCAGCAAAGCCACGCAGCGCGACUCUCCAGCAUGUCUUCUAUGAAGAAUCUCCAGCUCGUGCUGGCCGUCCUGCUCCCUCUGACCGCCCUCAGUGACCCGCUGCCCGGCUACAGCGCUGCAGGCGACCCGCCCGAAAUUUCAGGAGAGGAGCUGCAGGACUCGGCCGGACCUUUCGAGCACAAGUGGCUCUUUAUCGCGAGGAUCCUGCAUCGAGACAUCAUGAAACUACGCGACGAGCAGUUUCAAAGGGACUUCGGGGAACCAUCAGCGAACAUGACGAAUUACGCCAGUGUGAGGAUCAAGAUGCCUCUCAUCCACCCAUCUGAUGGGUGCUAUUCAAAGAACUUUAGUGCACAAAGAUGCCUGAGGCGGAUUUAUGCAGGUUUAAACACAUACAGAGAAUACCUGAGCAAAGUGGAGAGAGAGAAUCUGACCGCAGCUCAGGUCACUGACAUCAAGCUGCGGACCACCAGCUUACUGAAUAUAAUCAAAGAAAAGGUGGACGACACUCCAAUCCAGCCGCACCCCAUAAGCAAGUUACCUGACGGUUCUGCAUGGACACAGAGGACGGUCACACAUUCCAUUCUGUACAAUUUAGAAGUGUUUCUGAAGGAAACAACCAGGGCAAUCAAUUUCAUCAACAAGAAAUUAGGGAAUCACAUCAAGAAGGAAAUCAAGGAGUCCAAGUGGUCCUCAGAGAAGCACUCACACGAGUAGAGCAUCAUGAAUGUUUUGUUCUUAUAGGAAAAACAACUAAGAAUUAUUUAUUUAUCCCGUCACAUAUUUAUUUAUUUAUUUAGCUAUCUGUCUAUUUAAUAAGGGGGGGGGGGGGGGGGGGGAAUGAGACCAGCAACAGUGUCUUGAUGUGAAAUAAAUUGUUUUAUACUGAAUGUAAUAUCUAUUAAUGUAUAUUUUACAGUAUUUGUACCAACUGAAUGGAAGAUGAUAAAUAGUGGCCUGAGUUACAUUAACUCACAUUUUUAUUCUGCUCAGAAUGAUUCAGAUCAAAUGAGGAUAAAUAAAGUUUUAUUGAGUUCAAAUACCUGUUUGUUUUGUUUUAUGUUCUCAUGAAAACAAACCGAACUUGAGAAAGGAUGCAGCUCACAAAUGAACAAUGAACUUUCAAACAUAUAAAAUAAAA